AUGACUCUUAUAGAGAAAAAGAAAAAUAAGUUGAUCAAUGUUUUGCAAGAUGACAAGAAUGUAUUGAUUGUUGUAGCUCAAGGAAUUGUUCCGGUGCUGGUCUGUUUACUCGAUUCUAGCUCUUCGCUGGAGAUCAAGGAGAAAACUGUAACCGCCAUUGCUAAAAUCUCCACGGUUGCUUCAAGAAAACAUGUUAUGAUCGCUGAAGGUUUGUGUAUUCUCAACAAUCUUCAAAGGGUUCUUGAAUUUGGGAGUGUUCUGGGGAAGGAAAAUUCAUGCAUAGCUUUGCAAGCAGUGGGUUAUACAAAAAAUAAUGCAAGAGCAAUUGGGUCAAGAGGAGGAAUUUCAUCUUUUUUAGAGAUUUGCCAAAUGAGAACAUCCAAGUCUCAAGCUAUGGCAGUUGGUGAAUUUUUGUGCUUAAGGAAGUUUCUGAGGUAA